GCUAUACUGACGGCUUCCGGUGAGUGUCACUUGUCAACCAACAAGUAAAUAUGGCUAUGCUAUGUCGUGGUCUUCACAUACCUUCCCCAAUUCAGGCUUUAACAGAAACUACGCCCCUGCCUUGGUUAUUUUCAUUCCGAAGCAAGUUCACCAAAGCACGGAUCCCACAAGAGAUUCUGGAUGAGCGGUCUCAAGAGCAUGAGAAGUAUGGUGGAAACCAGGAGCAGCCACAUAAACUGCACGUGGUGACGCGGGUCAAGAGCACCAUGCGCCGGCCCUACUGGGAGAAGAAGCUAGUGGAGGGACUCUGCUUGCAGAAGGCGUAUGUACCUGUAAUUCACAAGAACAUCCCUUCAGUCAACAACCAGCUGAAAUUCAUCAAGCAUCUUGUGAGGAUCCAGCCACUGAAGCUUCCCCAUGGUCUCCCUGCUGAGGAAGACAUGGCCGACAACUACCUGAACAGCAAAGGAGAGCUGAUCGUACGACGACGCCUCAAACCUGUAGAGUGCAAAGCCAUCGAGUCAUAGCCAGCACUAUACCCAAGCCAUUUUGUCAGUGGUUCUGUUUGAAUACUGAAAAUGCAUUGUCCCUUCCUCAAAGUAAACACUGACAUGACUGGAUUGGCUGUGUAGUGGAUCCCAUGCUUUCACCUAUCCAAUCUGUAUAGAACACAAAUGAAUGGUUUUACAGUCUAGCCUACCAGAAAUCAGCUGUGAUUCAAAUUACUAUAUUGGUGAAAUCCCUGUACCUGUGUUCAUUCUAGACCUGGACUGAGAAACACUUCUAUAGCUCACCCCUUUGUAUUAUAUUUCAAAUAAAAACAUAACAUGUA